AUGUCAUACUACUUCGUUAUCGUCUCACCCACCGACUCGCCGCUCUUCGAAUUGACCUUCGGCACAUCCAAAGCUGGCGGUGACGGUGUCGCUCGGUUCCGCAAUGGCGAGACCUCUCGGUAUAUGAACCAAUUCAUCGUCCACGCUGCUCUCGACGUCGUGGAAGAAGUGCAGUGGCUCACGCCAAACAUGUGGCUCAAAGUCAUCGACAACUACGCACCCACCAAUUCGCACAUCAGCUGCUUUAUGACGGGGACGAAUGUGCGGUUCAUGCUUCUCCACCAACCUUCGGCAAUGACGAACUCCUCUGCUGGGGUUCGAGCAUCGACCACGAUUUCAUCGACUUCGAUCCCACAGAAUCCCACCAGUCCACAGACAGAAGAGGCCAUUCGGCAAUUUAUGAAUGAGGUCUUCGAACUCUGGGUGAAGACUUUGAUGAACCCAUUCUACACGAUUGGAAAUCCCAUCAAGAGUCCCGUCUUCAAGCAAAGAGUCACUGCUGCUGGCCGCAAAUGGCUGUGA